AUGGGGGGGGGGUGGGUUGUGAGUGUGGGUAGGGUUGGGGGGUGGUUAGAUGGAGGGGUGUGGGGGGGGGGUUGGUGGGUUAGUGGUUGGUGUGGUUGGGUGUUUUUGGGGUUGGUUUUUUGGUUGGGGGGGGGGGAGGGGGUGAGGGGGGUUGGUGGGGAGGUGAGGGGUGGGAUAGUUGUGGGUUGGGGUGUUGUUGGGGAGGGGGGGGUGUUUGAGUAUGGGGGGGGUUGGGGGAGUAGGGGGGGUAUUGGGGGGGGGGGAUGGGGGUGGUGGGUGGUAGAUAUAUUUUGUUUGGUGGGGGGUGUGGUGUGUGUGGAGGUUGUGGGGGGGGAUGGUUUGGUUGGUUGGGGUGGUGGGGGGGGGGGGGGUUGUGGGAUGGGGGUUGGUUAG